GAUUGGAAACGAGUUGCAAAACAGAUGCCAUAAAAGAGGCUCCGUGCAGGGGAGGGAAAAACGACUUUCAAGAAAAGAGAAGAGGAAGAGGUGAUACAAGGAAACCCUCGCCAGCCCAGUGCUGGCGUGCAGCUGAACCCGACUCGAGGGAUUGAGUAUUCAAAGACGCACCGAUCCCAGAAAGCGCGUAAAAACCGCUGCAAUUGUUUUACAAGGAGAGCGACAACACUGCUGCUAUUAUAAGGAAAAAAAAAACAAAAGCCAUUGGCUCAAUCUUGGGAGAAAUUAAGACAAUUAUAAUAACGAAUUAUAAAAAUACCGACAAGAGCUUGUAGAAUAUAGUAUAUCAGGAUUUCCAGCCAUUAACCGCUGCGAGCGCAUUGUAUUCCAAUUAUUUUGGAGGAUUUCUUUUCCCCCUUAAAACUUGAUUCCUGAACUAAAUCCGCAUUGUUUUUUUGUUGCAACUCUUACAACCCUGGAUAACAUAACGUGCCCAGACUAUUUCAACACCACUGCGGAACCCUUAACCUCUCCGACGACGACCGCCCACCGCAGCGCUUCAGCCAUGAGUCAGACCGAGAUAUCGCCCUGCAAUGCGCCCCAGAAGGUGUUCCAAGAGGCGGUGAAGCAGGGCAACACCAAGGAGCUGCAUUCUCUCUUGCAGAACAUGACGAACUGCGAGUUUAACGUCAAUUCUUUCGGCCCCGAGGGGCAGACGGCUCUGCAUCAGUCAGUGAUUGACGGGAAUCUGGAACUGGUGAAGCUGCUGGUGAAAUUCGGAGCGGACACCCGGCUAGCUAACAGGGAAGGCUGGAGCGCCCUACACAUCGCUGCUUUCGGUGGGCACCAGGACAUUGUGUUAUACCUCAUCACCAAGGCGAAGUACUCGUCCGCCGCACGGUGAUCGGAGCGCAAACACCGCCACCGACGCAAACUCAAGACGUGCGGGCAGCUAAACGCCGGUAAACCAAAUGUUCAGAACUGGCGUUUCAAAUUGCGGGCAAAGACCAAAAUCGGACACUUGCCUUAAGCAAAAUAAAGGUUGAUUACGCAGACGAGCGCAAAUUGAUGCUGGUAUUUAUUACUGUAUAAUCUAGGAGAAAAAAAAAAAGUAAUCGUUUUUAUUUUAAAGUGUUGAAAAUGAACGCAGUUAAAAUAUUGCGUCGGUACUAAACAGUUCAAACAGUUAUCAAAAGCUUCCCGCUGCGAUGCCUGUGUAACACCCUUUUAUUACUGUCUGCUUGCUGUAAUGAAACGCCAGUUUGUUCACCUUGGGCUGGCGCCUUGCCCCGCACGCAUUCUAGGAGUUUUGUUUUGUUGAAAGUUUUUUUUGUUUUUUUUUAAAGAUGAAACAUGCGGAUAUGUCGAUUUGUCUAAAUGAAAAAUGAAUUCGUUUGUUAUUAAGUGGCGUCAUUUCCAUUUUAUAUCGAGGCUACAUGGCUGUAUUGUGGUUUUGUUUGGGUGUGUGUGUGUUUGUGUGUUUUUAAACCCUGUACAGAGUGCAGUUUAAAUUAUAAGUGGGAUAGCGAAGGAGUAUAUUGUCCAGCAGAUGUUAAUAAUAUACCCGUUUGUCUCGGCUGGUGGCUCAUAUUUGCUUGAAACGGGCUUACUGCAGAAUGGAUCGCGUUUAUUUCCAAGUUUCUCUUGAAAUACUCCCAUUCUCCUCGCAGUGCUUCCUUCUCAAUUCUUUCAUUGUGAAGUCUUAUUUUUAAAGACUCGGGAUGCUUCAUGGAUAUACUUUGAGAAGCGCAGAUUUUUUUUAAAAGUCUUGUAUUAUAAGUUGUUUUUUAAUCCUAUACAGGUUUAAAAAGAAAAUUACAAAAAAAAGGUCUCUUAAAUGAAAAGUGAUUUUAAGUUUUGAACGAAGCUGCUUCUGAUUCAGUCUGCCGUGGUUUGUGGAGGGCCCACAACACACACGUAAACGACUUUGUAACUACUUUUUGUUUGUUUAAAAGUUAAUUCCUAAAAAUAACUCAUCUUUUUUUUUUAUUCUACUGUAUUUUGGUUUUCUUUACCAUCUACCUCGACUGUACACAGUAUUCGUGGUUUUAGCAAGAGAUCUGCUGGGUAUUGACUCAGAAACAUGAUUCUCGCAUCAUCAGCGUUGCAAUCUCUUAACUGUUUUGCAUUACUUGUUUCGUUUCGGAUGUAAACAAACACAGAACAAUCUGCUGAGUUUUCGUAUGUCAUUGAUUUAAAUAACGACUUUGAUUUAUAAUUUCAAUUAUAUAUGAUAAUGAAGACUUUUUUUCAUACCCCCCCCCCCCCCCCCCCCCCCCCCCCCCCAUUUGUUUUUAUUCAUAGGAUCUUUUGCUAAAACCUUACUUUGGGAAAUCAUAAUUACUAUUUUUAACACGACCAAACAUAAACUGUUGAGCAUGAAUAUAUUUUUCAAGAGUUAUUAUAUUUUAAUAUAGUUUUGGGACUUGCAAAAAGUUAAAUGCUUGACUGAUUUUUAGAUUAAAAAAAUAAGUCAGGGCGUUUCUGUUGCACAAAAAAAGUGGAGCCUUUUGCGCCCCCUGGUGGAUGUUUUGGAAACUAUCAGGCGCAGAGGCCAACGGAUUUUACUACUGAACAGGACUCGGAGGGGGGGAGAGAAUUUGGGGUUUUUUUCCUCCCUCUCCGUGCUUCUUACUCCAGUUCUUAAUGCCACGCACGACUCCAGCAAGAAAAAUGGAAACAUCGGAUAAAGGAAACAUCGGAUAACAACAACAAAAUAGAACUGGCUGCAUUUUGAAGUCACAGAACCUAGUAACAUUUUUUUUUUUUUUUUUUUGCAAUGCUGCUUUUUAUCAUUGUUAUUAUUGUGUGUCGUUGUAAAAGUUGAAAAGGCUAACAGAAGGACGAUUACAAUCGCACUGUAACGCAGAAAGACAUCGAGGUGCCGACUUUCACACUACGUGUGUGUGUGUGUGUGUGUGUGUGUGUGUGUGUGUGUGGUGCUUGUGCUGUUCUGCAUCUGCUGUUGUUAUUGUGUAUUUUGUCCUAGUUGUUGUGUUAUCUGUAUAUGACCUUCUCCCAUCAUUUAUUUUUAAAAGCUGUUUUUAGUCGGGUGUCGGUGAAUUGUGGAUGAAUCUACAAGCAUAUGUGUGAAUGAAAGCCAAGAAAAGAAAUGGUUAUUUUAAAAACAAAAAAGGAAGAAAAUAUAUAUGCAUAGCUUGUUUUAAACUUGAGAAAUCAAUUUUAUUUACAUUGCACUGAUAACUGAUUUUUUAUAAACUGUUGGUUUUAUACCAACUUAUUUUUUUUUUUAAAUUGAUUUUUCUGAAUAGAAAAAAAAAAAACUACAACGAAAUACUAUUGUAUACAAAUAAAUAAAUAAAUGAGCUCCAGGUUCUAAUUAAGAAAUGGGUUACUUUGCAACACGUAAUGUUUGCAAAAAUCUCUGAUGGGGUGUGAAAGAAAACGGCGAACCCUUUUUCUGAAGUGCGUCUCGGCCGUGUCGCUGUGCGGGGGGCAUUGGAGGGAAAGACCGUCGCAACGCGAAGCUGCACGAUGCACGGAUGUUUGAUGGGAAAGUUUUACUGGAGCAUGCCAUAACAUUUAUGACAUGUCAGUAAAAUAAAUAAUAGAGUAAAGAAAUGAAAAAAAAAAAUAAAGCGCUAUAUUGGUGUUUUAUUUUUAUUUUUUUUUUAUUUAAAAAAAAAAAAAUAGAAAGUUGGACCAAGUUGUGUGAAUGUCUUUUGCAAGAAGAUCGCCAGGAUGAUUCGAGCUCGACUUGGUUUGGGGACAAAACGAAAGAGAAUCCGUUUGCAAAUGGACGUUCCGUUGAUAUGUUCUUAUUCUGUAAUGUUGUAACGCUGUGAUCAAUGUGAAAAAACCAAUAUGUAUGCUGUGAUUGUGUACGUUUGUGUACAAGGCAGUGCCGAAAUCAUUAAAACUUUACUCGUGGUAAAAAUCAAAAAAA